GAAUGAGGUGAGUGCCAUAUCCCCAUAUUCUUAUGUUUUUUUUUUUAACCAGGCCAACUGCUUGCGGGAGAAGUUUGUGGGAUUCCUUCCUUUUGAGGGAGAUGAGGAGACCCUGAUGGAGAGGCUGCUGACUGAGGGGAGAAAAAAAUGGGGCUUGAAUAUGGACUACUGCAGAGGGCAGGCCCACUUAAGCUCCUGUGUGCAUUCUUGCAAAAUGAAAGCCAUUGCAACCAAACUCACAGCAGUGCACACACCAAGUUCCACCUGUGCCUUGAAUGUCUCACUGGCAAGUGGAGUGGCUUUGACAGGCAUUCAGAUUGUCAUGUCUACUUUCAAGAAUAUUGAUUAUUUUUUCAACAAGUCACCUUCACUGCAAUUGGAGUUGGAGAAUGCCAUCUCCAUUUUCUAUCAGGGCAAUGAAGAGAAGGCCAGUGAUCUGAAAGAGGCCUGCCAUACCAAAUGGACAAUGAGGCAUGAUACAUUUGAGGUGACAGUCGACGUCGUGGAAUCUCUACUGCUCUGCGUAGAUAGUGUUCAUGACGAUGAAGAUCUGAGGUGGAAUGACCAAGACACACAUGAUGCCUUGGAGAUAUCAUAGGCUCUGGCUGAUUUUGAGUUUGUUGCAGCGUUGGUUGUGCUGAAAAACACCGUCAUUCACAAGAGCCUUCGGCAAGAACUUGCAAGGGCCAACGAUAGAUGUCUACUUUGCUGCAAGCAGCUUGACCGCUGUGUUGCACUUGCUGAACGAGGUCUUGGAUAACAUUGAGGUGUACCAUGAUUUCUGGUUCGAAGAGGCUGUUAACCUACUUGAGAAAGCACCGCCCAGAAGCUGGAACAGAAAUCCAGCCCGAGAGCUACUUCAAAGAGCACCUGACUGCCCCAGUGGUGAGCCAGGUCAUCAAAGAACUGAACAACCUCUUCUCUGAGAACCACCUUAACGCCCUGAGAUAUUUGACGCUCGUCCCUGUUGUCAUGGGACAGCUGAAAUUCAACAUGUCUGAAGAUAACAACGUGGAUAUGUACAGGAACAACCUUCCCAACGCAGACACUCCCCCUGCUGAGCUUCACUGCUGGAAGGUGAAGUGGAAGCAUAGGGGCAAGGUGACCCUGCCCUUCACCGUCCAUGAGACGCUGAAGUGAAGUUCUUCCCCAAUGUGCUUGCAUUCUUGAGGGUGCUCAGCAACCUGCCAGUCCUGGGCCUUGAGGAUGUCGACGGCAAUGCUUCUCGUAAACGUUUUCAGAUGUACCUACAGAACACACCUGACAAACACAGAUUCCAAGAGUCUGGCAUUUCUAAACAUACAUUAUAAUGCCAGACAUGACCUGGACUUUAUGGUUGAUAGUUACGUUACGAUGUACCCUCACAAUGAAAGUUAAAUCCAAUUAAUUUCAUGACCCUAAUGAGCAAGAAUGCCAGCCUGUUGACUUGUUCUUGUAUAAAUUGUAGUCUGUCUUCAGCAUUUGUGACGAGCUGACCUCUUACUUAUUGGAUGUUUGACAUGUUGACUUGAAACCACUUAUUUUGGCUGUAUAAAGUUGAUCAAUGACCAUUGCAAGUUUGAGGGAAUCAUUAGAUUUAGUAUGCACCAAAACACUUUCAACUAAAGUUUUUUGUUAUUUGAAUUUAUGUAUAGGUCAUUUUUUAAAUGUUUAUGCAUCUGGUUAUGUAAAUUACAGAACUGAAAAUGUAUUCUUAUUACAUAAGUCUUCUGGAAGUACUUUCUUCUAAGACCAAUGUGCUUGAAAUACAGUUACAUUUUUGUCAUUUAGCAGAUGAUCUUAUCCAAUGCGACUUACAGGAGCAAUUAGGGUUAAGUGCCUUGCUCAAGGGCACAUCUUCAGAUUUUUUUGGGGCGAUUCGAAACCAGUGACCUUUCGGUUACUGGCAGAACGCCCUUAACUGUUAGGCUACCUGCUUUGAUCUAAGACUGUGUUCUUUCUUGUAAGAAUGAUUACAAAUAAAUAUCAACGUUUUUGAUUCAGUCUAAUAAGAAUUGCUAUUAUUGUCAUACAUUUAUUUACACCAUUUUAUUGUGUGA